AUGGACAGCGACACUAACUUCCCCAUCUCGUCUUACUUCAACCCCAAUACAACCGUGGCCAAUGCCUUCAAAAAACUAUCAGAUUCCGACAGGAAUCCCACUGCCACAUUAUAUUUCGGCAAUAUCGACCCCCAAGUCACCGAAUUGUUAAUGUAUGAAUUAUUCAUCCAAUUUGGGACCAGUAAGAUCAAUCAAUAUGCCCAAAGAUCGAAUAUUAAAAACACUUCAAGGUACGCCAAUGCCUUCAAAAAACUAUCAGAUUCCGACAGGAAUCCCACUGCCACAUUAUAUUUCGGCAAUAUCGACCCCCAAGUCACCGAAUUGUUAAUGUAUGAAUUAUUCAUCCAAUUUGGGACCAGUAAGAUCAAUCAAUAUGCCCAAAGAUCGAAUAUUAAAAACACUUCAAGG